GAAACAUAUUUUACAUUCUGGCAGUCUUUUCACUCUAACUUAUAGUUGCUCCACAGUUACUUCACUUUUGACAACAUGGACGUGUCAAACACAAGAAGAAUUGUCAUCUUGGGAAAAACUGGAUCUGGGAAAAGCAGCGUGGCUAACACCAUAUUUGGAGAGGAACUGUUCACAGUCGGCCACACUCUCAACUCUGAAACAAGAGAAUGUGAAGCACGAACCAAAUCUGUUAAUGGAAGAAGCAUCACUUUGAUCGACACUCCUGCUUUCUUUGACACAGAGAGGUCUGAGGAGGAGAUGAAGCCUGAGAUAGUGAGGUGUAUCACAGAGUGUGCUCCUGGUCCUCAUGCUUUUCUCAUUGUAGUUAAAGUAGAGAAAUUCAUAGUGCAGGAGCAGGCUGUCAUCACAAAAAUAAACCAGUACUUUUCUGAAGAACUCCCUGAAGGACAGACAAUUGAGGAUUUUGUCCGCGAGAAUAAGCCAAUGAGUGACCUGGUGAAGAAGUGCGGCGGCCGCUGCCACGUCGUUGAUAAUAAAUACUGGAAGAACAACCAGCAGGAUGAAUACAGGAGUAACCAGUUCCAGGUGAAGGAGCUACUUAACACAAUAGACAAGAUAGUUGAGGCAAACCAAGGAAGCUGCUACACCAAUGAGAUGCUACGAACAGUGGAGGAAGUAAUACAAAAAGAGGCGGAGGACAAUAGACGGUCAUCAGGAAACAUGUCAGAGGAAGAGAUCAGAGAGCAGGCUAGAAAGAUGUGCUACAGUGAAAUGCCACAGAAGCUGCCUGUUGCAACACAGCCCAAACAGUGGGUUCAAAAAUGUCCCGCCUUCCCAAUCCCUGGACACACCCCUGAGCCUCUUGUGCAAAACAUUGGCACCUUCAUCUCAAAUCACAUCACAACCUAA